UUAUUAGCUUGACAUUUCAGCUGGCGGUGACGUCGGAAUUAGAUCGGAUGAUCAGAAUGAUAGUCACGUGACUGGCCAAAAAAUGUGUUGCGACGUCCUGGCGAGUCUCUCUCAUAGCGUCCACGACCCUCGACGGGUGAUGAGGGGACAGCUACGGCAACAAGCAGCUAGAUCAUGUCUGGGAGAUCAGACAUGCCAUCUAGCUCGAGCUCCACCCUUUCGGUUAUUCUCCUGUACACCCAUCUCAGCUCAUCCAGGGCCCAUUGAAGGCCGUAACCUCAGUUUUGACGCAGCGUACAAACCAAAGUGGAAACCAAAGCUCCCAGCUUCGACCGCCUACCAGUAUUUUGAGACGUCAGACUCGGAUCGCAAGAAUGGGCAGAGUAGCGGCCGAUUUACUCCCUCUGUCGACCCUGCGACCGGGCUUGAGCGGUCCUUCAUCUUCGACCUGGACACUGUUCCUGGGGACGAGACACUUCGAGAUACGAGGUUGAAGAUCUUUCGAGAACAGUUGGAGGAACGGAAAUCGCUUGCGAGAGAGCUGAAGGAGGCUACUUGGUUCAGUGAUCCGUACUGGCGGAUGAUGAAGUCCCCGCCACGGAAGUGCUUCGUGACAUCGGCUGUGCUGCCAACUGAUUUUCUCAUUCAAUUCAAGCCUGUGUUGGCACCGGGCGACUCGACCGCAAGCCAGACGACUGCAGGCGAUGUGGAAGAGACGGAGGUAGAUGAUGUUGAUUUCGAAGCCGAGGACCACCAGAGUAGUGACCAGGAUAUGUCUCCUCAGUCUACUCACUCAGUGACGUCGACAAGGCCGCGUAAGGGCUUUACACUCCAGCCGAGCCACGGAACACAGGAUGACAGCGAAAACGUCAGUAAUGCAGUCUCACUCCCCCGAAAGAAAUACAAUCCGGCGCGGACAAUCCUGCUCCCGCAUCGCAUCCUCCAUCCCCGGUUUGCUCCAUCGCGAGGAGGAAGUUCGCUGUAUGCGACAUCUAGACGAGAGAUCGUCGCUCACCUGCCUUUGGAAGGCCGUCAUAAAUCUCAUUUAUCGAAGCUUGCUCGCAACUUGACGGUUCCUCCCAACCUCACGGAGAUCAUUGAUUCGCAAUUACAGGACCGUAUCGUACAAGAGUUGAGACUUCUCUUCGAUCGGAUACGGACGUCGAGCGACAGACCCAAUGGACAGUUGCGGGACCCUGUCCCGGAGACCCUCACGAGCGGCCUUGACUUUCAAAGUUACCAGAAAUCAUCAGCGGACCAUGUCUCGCAAGAGGAGCAUCCAGCCGAUGGAACCACAGCCGCUGGUAUACCACUGGAUAUCCCACCAUAUGCCAAGGUCAAUGACCUGGAUCCAAGAUGGAUGUUGAAAUUGAAUGGAAGUCGAAAUGUUUUACAUCGCCUAUCUUUAGAAGAUGAACGAAUGGUCAUGAACGGUCAUGGCUACAUGGCACCGGAUACAAUAGCCAUUAUCGAUAUCGGCAACGUCGAUUUCGAGCCCGCUCAGCCUGCCGACACGCAGGUUGAGGUGGGGAUCACUGAGCCAUUGGAGGAGGUGGAAGAACGUAGGAGCGCUCAGUCUGCCAAAAGGAGACGUCCGCUCCAAAAUGAAGAUUUUCAUGCACAGGGACCUCGACUCUACCCUUUGACGACGGAAGGACACUUGGGAACGGCUCCGGUACUUACCAUGAUAUCUGGACCCAAGGGGGAUAUCCCAAUAUUCCACUUGCGAAACAUACUCCCCGCCGAACACCUCACCUCUGCUCGAGAUCUCAUCGACGCCAUCCUCGCUUUCGAAGUCGUCAUCAAGGCACGAACUGAAAGUCGUGUGAUGGACGGGUCUUCCCUCAAAUCGCACUCGUCUGCCAGCCCUGACGGUAUUGACAAUGCAACUGCAGAGGAACUCACCGACAUAGAUCAACAGAGCUCGAAGCCAACCAGUCACGAGCCGAAAUCCGUCUUGCUCGCUCUGAAUAGUUGGAUAGCCCCGCGUGGAUUGGUCGGGCGAAGGGGUGAUCUAGGUAUUGCUCUGUUCAUCGCUCUGCAAAGGAUAAGGCUAUGGAAUGGCGGCGGAUGGAAGACAAGGUAUCGCAAUCGACUCGAUCAAGACGUAUAAUCGGGAUACACCGCGUAGCGUAUUCAGAGAAUCGCAGUGUAGAAUACGUUUCACAUGCCAUGACCAGACAAUGUGGGA